GGCGGCGGCGGCGGCGGCGGCGGCGGCGGCGGCGGCGAACGCGAAGCCGCGUCCGAGCAGAGCUGCAGCGGCUGCCGCGGGCACCGGAGUGCCGAGCCCAGGACGCCCGGCCCAGGCCCGCGGGGCUGAAGACUAGCAACUUGCAGGCAGUGACUCAGAGAAGGAGGAAGGGAGAAGAGGCACAGGGGUGCUCGUGGAGAGACACCCCAAAACAGGGAGGUCCCACUGGAAGAAAGGAGCCAAACCUGUGACGCACCUGCCGUGUGCUGGUACGGCGGCAGGAACCCCAUUGGCCCACUUGGUGCACGCUAGACGUCUCUGGGCACAGUACAAGGGCGAGCGUACGUGUGGCCUGGUGGAAUUUCUGUGCAGGCGUGCAUGCAGCCAUGCCACCAACAUUGUCUGUCUCGUCCAUCCCCUAUCACUAGUGCCUGAACAGCAUCAGUAACACAGGUGGACAAGUCCUUCUCCCCUCGCCGGAGUGUGUGGAGGAGUGAUGGGCAGAACCAGUGCUUUCCUCACGCCCUAGACCUGCCACGAGUGGACUUCGUUCCCUCCCACACUGCUUCACUCCACCCCAAGUAUAUUUUGUGGUUUCUAAAGCAUGCCCACAGACAUCAUCAUGCCUCUUGGUCAUUUCAUCAAACCUUGGAUGGCAGGCAUUCUCCAGAGCACAGAUCUGUUUGACAUGAUUGAGAAGAUGCAGGGAAGCAGGAUGGAUGAACAACGAUGCUCCUUCCCACCGCCCCUCAAAACAGAGGAGGACUACAUUCCCUAUCCGAGCGUCCAUGAGGUCCUGGGGCGAGAAGGACCUUUCCCCCUCAUCCUGCUGCCCCAGUUCGGGGGCUACUGGAUUGAAGGCACCAACCACGAAAUCACCAGCAUCCCGGAGACAGAGCCGCUGCAGUCACCCACGACCAAGGUGAAGCUCGAGUGCAACCCCACAGCCCGCAUCUACCGGAAGCACUUUCUUGGCAAGGAACAUUUCAAUUACUACUCACUGGACACUGCCCUGGGCCACCUUGUUUUCUCACUCAAGUACGAGGUCAUCGGGGACCAGGAGCACCUGCGGUUGCUGCUCAGGACCAAGUGCCGGACACACCAUGAUGUCAUCCCCAUCUCCUGCCUCACUGAGUUCCCCAAUGUGGUCCAGAUGGCAAAGCUGGUGUGUGAAGAUGUGAAUGUGGAUCGAUUCUACCCUGUGCUCUACCCCAAGGCUUCCCGCCUCAUCGUCACCUUUGAUGAGCAUGUUAUCAGCAAUAACUUCAAGUUUGGAGUCAUUUAUCAGAAGCUGGGGCAGACCUCCGAGGAAGAGCUCUUCAGCACCAAUGAGGAGAGCCCUGCCUUCGUGGAGUUUCUUGAAUUUCUCGGCCAGAAGGUCAAACUGCAGGACUUUAAAGGGUUCCGAGGAGGCCUGGACGUGACCCACGGGCAGACGGGGACCGAGUCUGUGUACUGCAACUUCCGCAACAAGGAGAUCAUGUUUCACGUGUCCACCAAGCUGCCCUACACAGAAGGGGACGCCCAGCAGUUGCAGCGGAAGCGGCACAUCGGGAACGACAUUGUCGCUGUAGUCUUCCAGGAUGAGAACACACCCUUUGUGCCUGACAUGAUCGCAUCCAACUUCCUGCAUGCCUAUGUGGUGGUGCAGGCCGAGGGCGGGGGGCCCGAUGGCCCGCUCUACAAGGUCUCUGUCACCGCUAGAGACGACGUGCCCUUCUUUGGGCCCCCCCUCCCGGACCCUGCUGUGUUCAGGAAGGGGCCUGAGUUCCAGGAGUUUUUGCUGACAAAGCUGAUCAAUGCUGAAUAUGCCUGCUACAAGGCAGAGAAGUUUGCCAAACUGGAGGAGCGGACCCGGGCUGCCCUCCUGGAGACGCUCUAUGAGGAACUGCACAUCCACAGCCAGUCCAUGAUGGGCCUGGGCGGUGACGAGGACAAGAUGGAGAAUGGCGGCGGCGGCGGCGGAUUCUUCGAGUCUUUUAAGCGGGUCAUCCGGAGCCGCAGCCAGUCCAUGGAUGCCAUGGGACUAAGCAACAAGAAACCCAACACCGUGUCCACCAGCCACAGCGGGAGUUUUGCCCCCAACAACCCCGACCUGGCCAAGGCAGCUGGAAUAUCAUUGCUUAUUCCCGGGAAAAGCGCGAGUAGAUUCGGACGCCGGGGCAGUGCCAUAGGCAUAGGAACGGUGGAAGAGUCACUGAUCGUCCCUGGGAAGAGCCCCACGAGGAAGAAGUCGGGCCCGUUUGGCUCUCGCCGCAGCAGCGCCAUCGGGAUCGAGAAUAUACAGGAAGUGCAGGAGAAAAGGCCCGGUGCUGAAUCCCCCCGCUGCCCCCGUGUGCCCCGCAGGGAGAGUCCCCCCGCCGGCCAGAAGACCCCAGACAGCGGGCACGUCUCACAAGAGCCCAAGUCGGAGAACUCAUCCACUCAGAGCUCCCCAGAGAUGCCCACGACCAAGAACAGAGCGGAGACGGCAGCCCAGAGAGCCGAAGUGCUGAAGGACUUCUCCCGCUCCUCGUCCAGUGCCAGCAGCUUCGCCAGCGUGGUGGAGGAGACCGAGGGUGUGGACGCGGAUGACACAGGCCUGGAGAGCGUCUCGUCCUCAGGGACGCCCCACAAGCGGGACUCCUUCAUCUAUAGCACGUGGCUGGAGGAUAGUGUCAGCACCACGAGUGGGGGCAGCUCCCCAGGACCCUCCCGGUCACCCCAUCCCGACGCCAGCAAGUCGGGGGACCCUGCGUGUCCCGAGAUCAAGAUCCAGCUGGAGGCAUCUGAGCAGCACACGCCCCAGCUGGUGAGGCCGCAGAAGCACAAGGUGAAGACGCAGUGUCAACUCCAGGUGGAUAGGACCUCUGCCCCCACGGCCAGCACCAGCCUGUGGGCUGUCCCCUGCCCCCGCCUUGGCCACCUGUCUGGACUGUCUCUGCGGGGCGGAGCCAUCCGGACCCAGGAGGGGGAGGCUGCUGGCAUCAUCCCUACCCCCCAGGCUGGGACAGGCAGUGGUCAGUUGAAGCAGAACUCCAGGCCUGACUUGCCCCCGCUCUGGGCCCUUUGUCACACCCGGGUGCAUCUCCGGACCCCUGGGGAGCAGGACGGGGGGGCAGGAUUGAGAUAUCUUGGUGUACACAGAGCCCGUUGCAGAGGCGGUGGGACGUGAAACGUGGUGGGAUGGGCACUGGGCUGGGAGUCCUGAGUCCUGGCUUCCAGUAUGGGUUCUGCUGUGUGACUUUGGGCAAGUCAGUCUCCCUCUCUGGGCGCCUCUGCUACACGUGGACAAGAUUAUUUCAGAGGUCAGUGAAGACUGUGAUUCCGUGCACCUGCCCCAGAAUGGGGGAUUGUCCUCCCAGGGGCCCCCAUUGCCCUCCCUUGCUUCUUGGGCUCCCUGGGACCCCAGGUGGGCUGAGGGGCUGGGAGCUGGCUCUGCCUGUUGCCCCUCCUGGACCCUCAAGCUCUACCACAGAUCUGCCAAUGCCCUGGCCACUGCCUCCACGUGACAGACAAGUGACCCCCUUAGGGGGGAGGGAGACCUCCCUGGCUUCUCAGCCAGCACCCAGCUUAACCCCUGCCAUCCCAUGCUCUGGGCACUCCAGGUCACGGGGUCUCACUGGCCUAGAGUUAUGGGCCUCGCCUUUGUGACCCCUCCACCCAACUCCCACGGAGGGGCAGCCGGGCACAGCUGCUGUGAGUCCACAUCCUUGUGUGUGUCUGUCCACACUUUUUAGGCACCACGCCAAAGGCCAGCCUUCCGGCCCCAACACCCAUUUUGGAAGCCCCCGUGGCUGUGUGUAUGUCGGUAACAGUUGUACAAAAUAAAUUCUAUUUAUCGCUAUUGUA